GACAUUGACUAUUUUUUAAAGAACAUUUGCUUGUUUGACUUAAAUAAAAGUAUAAAUAAAUGAAAUAAAUAAACAAAUAAUAAAAAAUAACUAAAUAAAAGUAAAAAAAAAUUAAUAAUAAUAAUACAUUUCAAUUACUUAAAUAAAAGUGGCUUGAGAUGAAAUGACCGUUGGAAAAUGUGGGUCCCAGGUUGAGACCAGUUGAGAACCCCUGACAUAGAGGAUCUUUGACUAGAGUCGUUCAGCAGAGCGGUCGUCUCAUAUAGAGGAUCUUUGACUUGCGUUUCUGCAGUGAGACCUGAAAACUAGCACAGCAGUCCUGUUGCACAGAAGAUGUUUGACUCCUAUUUUUGCAGCAAGUCCUUAAAAACAGGACAGAGUGCUCGUGUCGUUUAGAAAUAGCCCUUUGAAUAGCCCUGGAUGUCGUUUUUGUGAUUAUUGCCUGAAAAGUAAGCAUGUAUUUUGAUAGUAGUCUGUCGACGGUUUAAGCAUCUGCAUAGUUUUUCUCAACACGCACUCACGCACAACACACACUGUGUAUCCUUUGUCAAGGUAACCCAUUUUCUACCAGUGGGAAGUUGUUGUACACAAACGUGAGGGUGUAAAGAAAAGAAAGAGGGUGCGUGUUCAUCUAAUGUCAGAGUGUGUCAUCUCACUUACAUCAGCACCAUCUAUAGUCCUCCUUAUCUUCGUCACAUCACACACACACACACACACACACACACACACACAUAGCAGCUAUAAAUGCAGUGGUGUGAACCUUGCUGGUGUAAAACAGGACUGAGCAGCUGACGUGACAUGUUUAUUUUUUUUAAAUUGUUUUUUAUUAUUCAUUUUUGGACCGAGCAGACAAAUUAAGAUGUGAUCCAAGUCAAGAUUCAUCAGCCGAUCGAUGGGGAUUUCACGAGGAGCUCCGCCCACCGCCUCAGCCGCCGCCCGCCCGCCUCCCUCCCUUUCCCCCUCCCCCUCCAACUGUGGCCUCUUCUUCGCCCCCGCCCGCUCCAUACAACCCCCCUCCAUACACAAAAUGACUCUGGAAUUCACCGAAUGGUCUUCUAUAUGGAUUUUCACCCCUUGUAAUAGACAAAAACAAAAGUAAGGGAGACAGAGGGGGACACCUCAAUGACCGAGAAGCCAUAAACGCCCACACACACACACACACACACACACACACAUACACACACACAUGCACACACUCAUCCACACGUAUACACAAACACAGAAAAUUGCACAAGAUUUUUGAAUGUCUAUCUUCCUGUGAAAAUUCAGCUGCUUCCUUUUUAUUAGUGGGGGAUUUUCGACAAUUCUUGGAAAAGCUGAUUUUGUUGUUUUUCCUCCUUUGGGAGAAAAACAUCGAAGCGUGAGGAGGAUUUAGGAUUUCAUGCUGCAGAGGUUGAGUUAUAAUUUUUUUUGCGGGGGGGUAGCUAACUCCAUUAAGUAGAGAAUGCUUGAUCAUAUAAAACAAACAGCCUUUUUACAAUUUGGGAGUUGUUAGGUCUCAAACCAAAUCAGUUGUAAUUAAGUUAAUUAAGUAAACAAUUUUCGGUGAGCUAACGAGGACAGUUUUAAGGCUCAGAAGGGGCGCUCGUCUGCAUGCCCCCCCCCGCCAUGCCUCCCCAGAAUACGGGCACAGACGCCAUGCAGGUGGGAUCUCUGUUGGGCGGCGCCGCCGAGGCCAAACACUCCACAACGUCGGACGAGGAGAAGGGAGGAGGCGGCGAGACGGAUGGAUCGGGGCGAGGGAGCGGUGGUGGGGAAGAGUCUGCCAGCGAGGGAUCCAUCGAGGGCAUCCCGCUGAAGAGAUGGGUGAUGCAUGGCGCCGUCAUGUUUGGCCGGGAGUUCUGCUACGCCAUGGAGACGGCGCUGGUGACGCCUGUGCUGCUGCAGAUCGGUCUUCCGGAGCAGUACAACAGCCUGACAUGGUUCCUCAGUCCUGUCCUGGGCCUCAUGUUCACGCCGCUGAUCGGCUCAGCCAGCGACCGCUGCUCCCUGCGCUGGGGCCGUCGGAGGCCCUUCAUCCUGGCACUGUGCAUCGGAACGCUGAUCGGAGUGGCGCUCUUCCUGAACGGAUCACAAAUGGGACUGUCUCUGGGGGACGUGCCGGGGAGACAGCCAAUAGGAAUAGUCCUCACCGUGCUGGGAGUGGUGGUGCUGGACUUCUGCGCCGACGCGACGGAAGGACCAAUAAGAGCGUACCUCCUAGAUGUGGCCGACACGGAGGACCAGGACAUGGCGCUCAACAUCCAUGCGGCCUCGGCGGGUCUCGGUGGGGCGGUAGGCUACGCUCUGGGCGGUCUCAAUUGGACUAACACCUUCCUGGGGGCCGUCUUCAAGUCUCAGGAGCAGAUUUUGUUCUUCUUCGCCGCCGUCCUCUUCUCUGUGUCCGUGGUGUUGCAUCUGCUCAGCAUUGACGAGCAGCAGUACAUACCUCAACAUGAAAGGCUGGACCAGGAGAGUCCCCAUGCAAGCCACCCUCAACCUUCAGGCAAUAGCAGGGCGGGAUUUGUGGCUCCUAAGCUGGAAAUGAUCGGAGAGGACGACACGAUGGACAGCUUCGACCUUUAUAACGUCUACAGAGACGAUCUGUCCGAGCGCGGGGAUUUGGAGAUGGAUUUCCUGGAGGUGGAGCUUGUUAGAAGUAAAAGCGACAGCGUCCUGGCCAUGACAGACGCCACCCUGGACCACCUGGACCACGAGGCCUUGUUCCUGUGCCACAUCGAGCCGUCCAUCUUCGCCGACCGCCUCUCGCCCUAUCACGGCUCACCCCCGGCGCCCGUCCACUUCCUACGCGCCAAUCACGGCAUGCGACGCAGCAGCAGCACAGGGAGCCAAGACCUGCUCCGUCCCCAAAACGGCAACCACCAAAAACACAACGCCACCACCGCCAGCAGCGCUGGUGGUAGGAUUUGUCGCCUGUCGGCGUUCUUGCAGGAGAUGGAGAACGACGAGGGGCAGGAGGCGUUGCUCAACAACCAGCUGAAUGAGCAGCGCACGCUGAAUGGACGCUUGCUGGCAUGUGUCGACACCACAGACAGAGGUGACGGGCUGAGUGCUAAAGGACAAGCUCAUCGUGCCGGAAUGGUCAAAGCUGCCAGCACCGGCGCCCCCGUGCGGCCGUCCCACCACCACCACACCUUCUACCGCCAGCCGUCUUGCACGUUCUCCUACUACGGCCGAGUGGGCAGCCGCCGCUACCGCUGCCGGCGCGCCAACGCCGCCUUCCUCAUCAAGCCGUCGCGCAGCAUGAACGACCUGUACGAGGUGGAGGAGCGGCACAGGCGCAGGAACCGCCAGCGCGACCGGCACCGCAGCAGCAACACCAACUCCUCCAGCGGGGACGCCGAGAGCGAGGAGGGCGAGGUGGAGACCACCGUGCGUCUGCUGUGGCUCUCCAUGCUGAAGAUGCCCCCGGAGCUCCUGCGUCUCUGCGCCUGUCACCUGCUCACAUGGUUCUCCAUCAUCGCCGAGGCCGUCUUCUUCACCGACUUCAUGGGACAAGUCAUCUACCAUGGAGAUCCUACUGCUCCGGCUAACUCCACUGCUCUGGGUCAUUACCACCAAGGGGUUCAGAUGGGAUGUUGGGGGCUGGUUAUCUACGCCAUGACUGCUGCUACGUGCUCAGCUCUCCUGCAAAAGUACCUGGAUAACUUUGACCUGAGCAUCAAGGUCAUAUACAUCCUGGGCACGCUUGGAUUCUCCAUCGGAACUGCCGUCAUGGCCUUAUUCCCCAAUGUUUAUGUUGCCAUGGUGAUGAUCAGCAGCAUGGGCAUCAUGUCUAUGAGCAUUUCCUACUGCCCCUACGCCCUGCUGGGACAAUACCAUGAAAUGAAAGAGUACAUCCAUCACAGUCCCGGCAACUCCCGAAGAGGAUUUGGCAUCGACUGCGCCAUCUUGUCCUGCCAAGUGUACAUCAGUCAAAUCCUGGUGGCUUCAGCUUUGGGUUCCGUGGUGGAAGCCGUGGGCAGCGUGCGUGUUAUUCCCGUCGUGGCCUCCGGGGGCUCUCUGCUGGGAUUCCUCACCGCCUGCUUCUUGGUCAUGUAUCCCUUGCCACACAGCGGGGAGGCGGGAUCGACCAAAGCACCGGAGAAACAGGCUUUGACGACCCCCAGCAGCAAAACACCACUGAAGGAGAAACCCAGCUUCUUAAAACUCAACAAGUCUGGAACGGCCACCACUACCACCACUUCCUGUCACACGGAGAAUGAAUCAGUUCUGUGAUUGGCCAACCAUCAUCAUCAUCAUCAUCUUGCUGCAUCCUCAUUGGCCGCCACCUAAAAUCCACACCUCUGCGUCCCGGUCCAGACGUGAGUCACUUUGCAGGAAAAAAAAAAAAGGUGGGGAGUGGGGGGGGUGUCUGGAUCUCAGGAAACCUCAGGGGGACACACACACACACACACACACACACACACGAACGUUACUGACAAACUCUUACGUCCUCAAAGCUGUUUUAAAAACAUCGUUCUUCCUCACUUUGGACGCCUGCUGAAUGCCACUUUGAAGCUUUAAGACUCUCCAGACUUUCACACUUGAAAAGAAAGAGCCCAAAGCCUGCUUGUGGGGGAAGAAAUCAUCAUAAAAACACACAGAUUGAGCCCCAAAAUGAUUGGACUGCAAAGGAAAUCUUGUCAUUCCAGGAGAACAGAAGAGAACGAGCAUGGAGCUGCCGAUAUUCCAUGUCUUUGUUUGUUUAAAAGUGGAAUUCCAUAAGAGAUAGACACACAUACUGUAUAUAAAUAACAUAUAGACUAUACAGGGCAUUAUUAUUAUUAUUAUUAUCCCAAAUGAUGAUUUGCAUGACCUCUUGACGUGCAAUCAUAAGACAAAUGCUGCAUGGGUAGUGGAGCGGACGAGGGAGGAGACAUUGUUCUUGACGUCGUCUCUUUUCCGCUUCUCUUUCGUUAGCUUUUACAGAACGCUAAUCGCACAAAAGCUGUUACUGAAUAACUGCACAUUAGCUGGAAAAAAAAAUCUUAAUGAGUCUUUUGGAGAUUAUUUGGAGGGUGUCUGUCGCCGGAACUCGGAUGGAACACACUAAAAAGAAUAUACCUGCUGUAAAAAAAACAAACAAACAAACAACAACAACAAAAAAACAUCAUACAGGAUACAGUAGAUCCCCGCUACUAACGCAAACCAUGAAUGCACCCAUAAGAAGGUAUUAAUAGUUGUUAAACACAUUUUAAAUUCACCUUGCACACAUUAAGAAACAAUUCCAGGCAUACGGUGUUCGGUAUUGUGCUUACAAAACAGGUCUUGUCAAUGCAUCUUCCUGCUGGAUAAUGUUGAGCGAAUGGACGUGUGAGACAUCGCCCUCCGGUGGAUUCAUAGCUGCAGCAGCCUUUUUUCCCUGCAGAUAGCGCCAUUAAGGACUCAAACAAAAUGCGACUAGGCGGGGAUCAAUUGCAUUUCCAUUUUUUUUUUUGCGUUUUAAUCAGGAAAAAAUGCAAUGUUUUGUGUGUAUGUUUCCAAUUUUUUAAAACAAAACAAAAAAUGGAUAAAGUGUAAACUGUACAUAUAUAAAAGCAGAUUUUGGUGUAGUUUUCUGCUUAAAAAGAGAUACGGGCUUGUUUUUAAAACAUGACACCCAUAACAUGUAUAUUAUACAGCACCAAUCGAAAGUUUGGAGACACUUUCUCAUGUUAUUGAAUGAGGAUCUGUGUCCAAACUUUUGAAUUGAGUGUUUUUAAUGGAACAUUCUUUUUAGCUAUCCAACAACAAAAAAAGUAUUGCUCAAUUUUGUGGGGUUUUCCUCCUUUUUAUCCAAAACACAAUCCACCUAAAAAUGUUUUUAUUUUAUGAAAACUUGCUAAAUUGGAAAUGCACACUUUUCAUGGGACAGUAGCAUGAUCGUGUAUGUAUGUUUUUAUUGGGGGGGAAAAAAACACCAGAAAAGGUGAAAUUACAUCAGGGGUGUCUGAAGUGUGGCCCGAGGGCCCAUUUACGGCCUGUGGUUGUUGUUUUUAUUGGCCCUCGUCACUUUUUAAAAAUCCAAUUAAGCAAUUUUAUCGUGAAAAAACACCCCAAAACAUAAAAAGAACACAACAUUUGGAGAUGCGUGCUUUUCACACCUGCCGUGGAUCAUAAAUGUCUUUUUAUCGGAAAACAAACUCCCAAAAAAAUAGUUGUUUUUCUGGUGAUACCAUAUUUCCACGUUUUUAUUGGGAGCAACACACACAAACAACGAAAAAAUGAGCAGUACGUGCCUUUUUACUGCGACCAUGACACGUUACGCUGAUUAUGUGGUCAGGAAAGCUUUUGGGAAAGACACGCAAUGUUUGAGUUUUGGCCGAUUUGCCCUAUGAUGAUUAGCGGUUCUGUUGAACUGGGCCAAAAGCCGUCAAUAAGAGAGAAGUGCUUAUUCGCUUGCGGGUGGGAUCAGUCCUGAUGUCUUGUGCUUGAAAAGCAGAGAAAGUAGCGUCUUAAGGGAAAACCUAAAACAACCCAGUUGAACUUCAAGCAAAUGAAAUGCCUUUUGUUGUUGUUGUUGUUGUCGUUGUUGUUGUUGUUGGAAGCGCAAAUGGAAAUCCAGCUGUAAAGGCACUCAGGAAAGUUGCAUGCAAGGUGAUUUUUAGUGCUGCGUUGCUCCUGCUUUCACAACCCUGAGGAAGCAGACGAAACUGCAAAGUCAGGGGAGUUUUUUUCCUUUUUUUGUUUUUUUUUUAAACGAAUGUCUGCACAGUUGACGAUGCUGGACAAACAAACUUGAACUUUCAAAGCAUUUGAUGAGGUCGUUGUUUGAGUGCAUUAGAAGUAUUUGCUUUGUGAAUGUUUUAAGACUUCAUUACUGAUGUCAAAAGGUAGUUUGGGGGCAGGGUGUUUGUUCGCUCGCCGUGGCGUUCCCUUUAUGUAAUUCCGUGACUGCAGUUACGCUCAGCAAAGCAGAAAAAAAACAAAAAAACUAGGGGUGCACGAUAAUUAUCGGGCCGAUGUGAGGGAAUUAUGACCGAUGAACGUUAAAAAUAGCUCAGAUAACCGAUCCAAUGAGGCGAGAUCAAGCGCUCCUCUUUUCUCCUGCCUGUGACGUUAGCGGCCGAUGUUGUACCAAAUGCCCCGCAAUGAGGGGGUAAAAUAAAUCCCAUCGAGCACACAAAAAGACUUUCUCAGCCACCUGAAAUGGCAGUGCCGCGUUUGAAAAGUGCAAAAGGUUUGCCAGAGACCUCCGUAGCGCCUCCGUAGCGCCACACCGGCUGCUCGGAGCGUGUGCCCGAAUACAGUGCACCACCCUGGGCCGGUCCGUCUUACCUCCGUGUGUGCACAAGCCACACUUACAUCUAAAUUCAAAAAUUAGACAUAAAAAAGUUAUCGGUACCGGUCUUGAGAAGCAGAAAGAUAAAAAAAACAUCUGCUCUUGCUGCGGCGCUUCAAGUGACAAAUGUUGGCAACAAGAACCAGACAGAAAAGUCUGAUGGACGCUUGCGUAGCCGCUCGGGCGCUUCAGAUAUUCACCAAAGACAGUAACGUCCUUGGUGGAGGUAAUGGUGUGUAGAUGUAGUUGUGCAUGUGGCAUACGGAAUGCAUGCAUGACACCAAAGUUAUCACUGCAGCUCUUGUAAUCCUUGCUCACUAAAAGUGAGUAUUUGGGCCACACUGAAAAGAAAACUCUCUAAUUACUACUGACAGUAAAGUCACAACUUCCAUCUUGUAAUAUUACAACUAUAUUCUCCUGAAAUGUUGAUACAUGCCAACUUUAUUCCCCUAAAACGAAGCCACAUUAUUCUCAUCGGAGACCUCCAAUGUUAUUGCAGAAUUACAGCUUUUUUUCUUGUGACGUUUCCACAAUAUUCUCGUAAUAUUCCGACUUGAAUGUCCUGGAAGGUAACGAGGCAUAUUUGCAUUUAUUCUUUGAAUAUUAUGACAGAAAUCUCAAAUGAUAUUGUGACUUUAUUCCCAUAAAAGUCCACCUUUUUUUCUUGUAAUAUUACAACAUUAUUCAGACUGUAAUAUUCCGACAUUAUUCUCCUGAGAUGAUGCCUCUUUUUCUUUUCUUUUUUCUUUCUUUGGAACAUUACUGACAUUAUUCUCACAAUAAUCCAACUUUAAUGCCCUAAAAUGAAACUCCUUUAUUCUCAUAAGAAUUCUCGAAUGUUAUUUCUAAAAUUACAGCUUUUUUUCUUGUAAUAUUACCACAAUAUUGUUGGAAUAUUUCGACAUUUUUCCUGUUGUAACAUUACAUUAUUCUCACAAUGUAUGCCCUGAAAUGAAACUACUUUAUUAUUUAUAUUGUGACUUGAUUUAUUCUAAAAUUUUGGCUCUUUUCUUGUCAUAUCACAGCAAUAUUUUUGUAAUAUUCCGAUUUUUUUUCCCUUGUUACAUUACAUUAUUCUUGCAAUAUUCCGGCUUGAAUUCCCUAAAAUGAAUGACGAAAUGAAUGAAUGACGUUAUUAUUCUAAAAUUACAGCUUUUCUUCGUUACUGGAAGUAUUACUCUCGUGAUACUCCGACGUUAUUGUGAUGAGACAAAGCGUUCUUCUAUUGUGACAUUCAUCUUGUUACUUUCAACUCUAAAUAUUAUUACUUACAGAUUAAUCUUGUCAAAUUAUGACUGUAAUUUCCUCAUAUUAUGACCGGAAUGUUGUAUGAUGUUGCUUUGCUGUCGUAAUAUGACAACUUUAUUCUUGUCAUAUGUUCAUUUUCCUCUUAUUUUUUUAAAAUGAUCACAAUAUUACGACAUUAUUCUUGCAAUAUCCUCAUUUCAUUCCCUUGAAAGCAUCACUGUAUUUUAAAAUGUACUUGUUUUUUGACUUUCUCUUGAAAUGCCGACUUUAUUCUGGCGAUAUUACAACUUUAUUCUGGCGAUAUUACAACUUUAGUCUCUUUUUAAAAACAAAAAAAAACACAAAAAAAACCCCAAAUUGCGGAAUUAACAUCAUGAUAACGUAGGAUUUGUUUUUCUUGUACUAUUGCAGCUUUGAAUGAUCAUUUUGUGAUAUUAUAACUUGGAUUCUCUUAAAAUGAUGACAAUAUUAUCUUCAAAUUGUGAAUGUAUCAUCGUGUUACAAGGUCAUUCAUUUAAAAUGAUGACUUUAUUCUUUCUCACAUGCCAACUUUAUUCUUGUAAUAUUACGACUUUAGUCUGGUUCAAAAAUUGCUUAAAGAAAACGUGGACUUUUUUCCUCAUAAGAUUUGUUUAUUUUGAAUGCUCAUUUCUAAUAUUAGACCUUUAUUCCCUUCCAAAGGUGACCGUGUUACCUUCAAAUGACAAUCACUUUAUUCUCUUAAAAUUGGCACAUUAUUCUCGUAAUAUUACGACUUUAUUCUCUUAAAAUGAUGACUCUUCUCAUGCUAGUACAGCUGGAAAAAAAUAUAUAGAAAUAUUGUGAGUUUUUCUAAAAUAUUACAACUUUACCUUUUAAUAUUACGACUUUCUUCUCUUCAAACUUUUUUCCUGGUAUUCUAAUGUUAUUCCCUUAAAUUUAUGACUGUAUCUGAUCUUAAAAUGUAACAUUAUUCUCGAAGUUUAAGUUUAUUUUGGCAUUUCUACUAUUAUUGUUUUUUCUUUUUAGCGUGGCCCUGAUACUCCCUGAUAUUAUCGUGUUAACAUCGUGUUUCUUUUUUCAAAUAAGACGUGCUCAGUUUGUGCAAGUACGCUCUUGACGAGCUUUAUCUUUUAAAAGAAGAACCGUUACGCACUUUUUACGAGUCGGAGCGCAGGUGUGCUGCGUUUCCAAAGGUGCAGGAUGAUGACACACUCCUCCUUCACCAGCUUGAGAGCCUUCUCCGUGUGAUGAUUUGGAUUUUUAUUUUAUUUUUCAUGUAUUUAUUCUCUAAAGUUCCACGCCUUCUGUCGGAAUGUUCCGCCGCGCUCACUCGGCAUGCUGGGAGUUUCUUAUUUACUUUGGAUUCCAACAUAAUGAAUGUUUGGAUGCUGGGUUGGUGACGCGGGUGGCUGACGUUGCACAAAUCUUGCACAUGAAAAUGUACAAAAAAUAACAGUGGAUAUUUAUUAUUAUUAUUUUAUGUAGCUUUCUGCAGGAUCAAUUCUGUUAUGGGUGGAUGUUUGUGUGAGCAAAUGUUUAAUUUAAAAAAAAAAAAAAAAGGUUUACACCUUGCGAUGGAUUACUUACAUACAAGUCUUGAUUCUUUCUUUUCUGUUGGGAUGUUUGACUUUUUCUUUGAUUUGAAUGUUGGCAGAGGCACCCUUGUUUGCUCAUCAGUUGCCCGUGUGCCUCCGCCGCUGGUCAGCUGUGUAACCAUAACGAUAAUAACCAUGACGAUGAAUUAAGUCAAUCUACAUAUAUGCAGUAUAUACUUGGUGAUGAACUACUUAAAGAAUGGGAAGUGUACUCUUUACGUCCUUAUUAUGCCUUUUGUCAUUUGAAAACAGGUGUAAAUAUACUUUUAGUUUCCUCUUUUUUUGCUGCUAUGGAAAAAAAAGAUGAUUAUUUUUGUUAGUGGUGUUGUUUUCUAUAUAAAGGCUGUAUAUAAUCCAUACAGUAUAUGAAAAUAUAUAUCUUAAUGUUGUGUAAAUAUGCUUGAGCCUUCAUUACAUACCUGUACAGUACACAGAAUGACUCCGGAUGAUGAAACACUGUACGGAAAGCACCUUUGAAAAAUGAUUCAGAAACAAACCGGCUGUGUCUUGUUU